AUGGUUGGAUUGUGUUUUAUAAACUUUUUUAAUGUUCAUGGUGAUAAUUUGGAUAUUUCAAAUAUUCUUUCUGUGGGAUCUUGGGAUGUAUCUGAAGAUGAAAAUUGGGAUAAUGAGGAAGAGAAAAAUGAUCAUCAUGAUGAUGAUAGAGAUGAUGCUGAGAUGGAGGAUGAUAAUGAUAAGGAAGAAAGAAUUCAGGAGGAGGAUGAGAACCGUGAUGAAUAUGAUAAUGAUGGUGACGAUGAUGAUGAUGACAAUGCAAAAGAUUUUCUGCACAUUAUUAUCAUCAUCGUCGUCACCAUUAGGGGAAAGAAAACAUUAGGGACAUCCAUGUUUUAA